GUCGGCCGGCGGAGCGCCCGGUGCCCCUGUUUGGCCUGGAAAGUUAACUUUCUGGUGGAACUAACGAAGCCACCCCCCCCGCAAAGAAAAACCGCCGCAGAACAAGCAGACAAACACGCAAGAGAAAGAGAAAAGAAGGAAAGCAACAGGAACGCUUGCGGUGUUGUUUUUCACUUGGAUUUGAUGCCCUUUGUAUUCACAGAAAAUGUAAUUUCAUUAAUAAUGAAAUAAUUGCCUGUCGCUGCUUAAUGUAAGAUACAUUUCAUCUGCUCAUGAGUGGACUCUUAAAAGACUUUGUACAAAAUACAUGUGAAAAUGGAAACUUCAUCUUUGCUGUCCUCCUUACAUGAUGAGUGCAGAUCAGACAACUAUAUUGAACCUCAUUACAAGGAAUGGUACCGAAUAGCUAUUGAUGCUCUGAUUGAAGGAGGUUUAGAAGCCUACAAAGAAUUUCUUUCCAAAGAGAGAUGCUCAGAGUUCUUAGCCGAUGAGGAAAUUGAUUAUAUUUUGAACAAUGUUCACAAACUUCCCCAAAACACAGUUUAUUCCUCUAACCAUGCCAUUGAUGACACCUCCUCCUCGGGAACCUACUGGCCCAUUGAAUCCGAUGUGGAAGCUCCAAAUCUUGACUUAGGUUGGCCCUAUCUGAUGCCUGGAAUUUCUGGUGGCACAAAUAUUGAUCUGCUUUUUCAUCCACCACGAGCACAGCCUUACACCAUAAAGGAAACUGUUCGGAAGAUGAUACGAGAUGCAAGAAAGGUCAUUGCCAUUGUUAUGGAUAUGUUUACAGAUGUGGAUAUUUUUAGAGAAAUCAUGGAAGCAUCUGCUAGAGGGAUUGCAGUGUAUAUCCUGCUCGAUGAAUCGAACUUCAGUCACUUUCUGAAGAUGACAGAGAAACAAGGCUGUCAAGUUCAGAGGCUCAGGAAUAUGAGGGUGCGGACAGUGAAAGGACAAGAUUACUAUUCUAAAACAGGAGCAAAAUUCCAUGGAAAAAUGGAACAAAAAUUUAUUCUUGUUGACUGUAAGAAAGUCAUUUAUGGUUCUUACAGCUUUAUGUGGUCAUUUGAAAAAACUAACCUCAGCAUGGUUCAAGUUAUCACAGGACAGCUUGUUGAAUCCUUUGAUGAAGAGUUCAGGACGCUGUAUGCCCGUUCUUCCGUUCCCAGCUCGUUUGCCCCAGAAUUAGUGCGGGUGAACAGUCGCAAGGCGCUCUGGGAUAAUGAUACAUACCAGCAUUCAGUGUCUUCCUUGGCUUCAGUUUCUAGCCAGAGAAACCUUUUUGGUAGGCAAGACAAUGUUCUCAAGAUAGAUCCUGUUUGGAAGUCUCGUGGAAGAUAUGCAGUAAAUGAAAUAGAUAAAUAUGGCUUGAGAAACCAAGCCUAUAACAAGCAACCAUUUAAUCCAGCUUUCAAUGUUCAAAAUCCAAUACAGCAGUAUCAACCUAGUGAAAAAAAUGAGCACUGGAAGAGACAUAGUUAUGCUGGAGAGAAGCCAGAAAGGACACCUUACCUAUUGCUCAACAGAGCUAUUAACAGAGCAAACAAUCUACCAAAUACUUGGAAAAUGCCAUCUGAUAGCCUUAGUAUUGUGUCAUCAUUACGGGGAGGAUAUGCAAAUAACUACAAUAUUCCCCAGCAAAGUUUUGCUGAUCAGUUCUCACGACCAAAGGUAAAUCUUGCGGAGAGAAAUUCAAUUGUACGGAGGUCUUUUAAUGGGACAGACAAUCAUAUCCGCCAUCUGCAGCAGAGGAUGCCCACCCUCGAGCACACAACAAAAUCAUUCCUACGUAACUGGCGAAUAAAGUCCUAUUUGAAUGACCAGUCAGAUUAUCCAGUAGAGUCAAAUGGGUCAGCCUUGGGUGACAGAUAUGAUAGCUAUGACACAGCUGAAAAUAUUAAAGCUCAUGCACUGUACUCUCAUUCUCGCUUGCGAUCGUCAUUGGUGUUUCAGCCAACUUUACCUGAACAGCAGGAAGUAAGCAGCUGUGCGAGUUCUUCAAAUUCAACUAUAAUUGGGUCAGAGGGAAGUGCAACACCCAAAGGGACAUCUAACCACGCUCCGAGUGUGGAAGAUAGAACAGAUAAUAAUUUAGACGAGCUUAGCACAAACUCUCCUCUUAAAUCAGAUGCACCAACAGGCCAUAGAAUUCAGAUUGCAGAUGACACAAAACCUACUGUAAAUUCAAAUGCAGCUGGUGACUCAUCACUGUAUUUGUACACAACGCUGUGUACAGACAAACAUGCAGAAAAUUUGAAGAACCUUCAAAAUGAAAAUAUGCUCAAAAGGAGAAGUUUUCCCAUGUUUAAUUCCAAGUCCAUAUUGGAUCCUGGUACCAACAAACAUGCAUCCAAUUAUGUUUACAGCACAUUGACUAGGCAUAGACUUAAGCAGCCAGUUAGUCCAAAACUUCCAGAAGACAUGCUGAAGAGUGCUAAAAGUUUGCAUAGUGUAACCAAUCACUCGCCACAGGAGGAAAAGGACCUGAAAGGAGAGCUGAAGAGCCCGACUGCUAGCAAGGCAAUCUCCAUGGCAGCUCUCACUGAAGCUAGCAGAGAGGAGUCUAGUAAAGAUUGCACAUCGAAGAAAGAAAGUAAGAAUUCUCCAAGUUUUCUGAAGAAAGGAUCCCAGAAACUGCGGUCACUUCUUAAUCUCACACCAGACAAGAAGGAAAACUUGUCAAAAAACAAAGGUCCUGCCUUUUACAGAAUGUGUAGUAGUUCUGACACAUUGGUUUCUGAAGAUGAGAAUCAAAAACCGAAGAUUUCUGAAAAUAAGACAGAUUCUUCCCCAAAGAGAAAAAGAAAUUCAUCAUCAAAUUCUCAAGGUAGUUUGAACAGAAGUAAAGAAGAUGUCACCGGGAGUCCAACAAAGUCUCCAAAGUCUCCGAAGUCGCCGAAAUCUCCAAAACCUCCAUCUGACGAGAGCAAUAAAAAGUGUCCUCUCUUGUGCCCCCUUGAAAGUAAGUUCAUAGAAACUGCAGGAGAUCCAUCUACUCCAAGAUUUAAUACAGAACAGAUUCAGUAUCAAGAUGCAAAGGAAAUCUCCUCAAAUGCUACUUCCGAAAGUGCUCCUGUUUCUGCUCUCCAAAGAUCAAGUUCAGUGGCACCACAGCUGACAGGCUCAAAGCACCAAGAGGAGCUGAGGUCUCGCUUGAGUGAAAGGCGUGUUUAUAGUCGCUUUGAGCCAUUCUGUAAGAUGGAAAAUGCCAGCCAACCUGCAGGAAAUGUGGCCAACAGCAGUUCACAUCUAUCAGAUAUCAAAACCAAGACCUUAGGGAAUAAUUAUGGCAGGAGUAAUCACAUGGUCAGCUACAACUCAGCUGCUUACCACCCAUUGCAGCCUAAUGAAAACAAGCUGAGAGGAUUUAUGCAAAAGUUUGGGAACUUGCUACACAAAAACAAGUGAUGUUAUAAUUUUGUUGAUUAUAUUGAAAUGCAGCGAGACUGGCAAAGCUGGACAUAAUCUUAACUGGACAAAGACUCGUGGCUAACUUUUGUAGAGUUUACUUGGUUUUCUUCUUGGGUCUAGGACGUUGGAACGAAUGUACAUAUUUUUAAAAAUUAUUAUUCUGGAAUUGUUAUACUUAAAUCUUCACAGAAAUUCUGUGUCCAGAAAAUGUCUCAAGGAAGUUGUUUAUAGUGUUGAUAUUGUAAGAUUAAAUUUAUACAUUUUCCUUGUGAAGAAAAUACAUUCUAGUAUAUUUUAAGAUUAAUAAACAUGGGGUAAAAAAGAUGGGGGAUGUUUUUAAACCUCAGAUAAUAUUGUUUCCAAAUAUUUGCCCUUCAAAAAUAGGAUAGCACUAGGAAUAGUAAAUCAUAUUUUUUCAGCAUUUAUUUACACUUUCAAGUGAUAAACACAAAUGUUAAUGCAUUGCAUGUUACUUAUCUUUAAUUUUUGGAAACCUCUUUUAGGUUUCAUUUUGUUAAUAAUUUACCCCCUAGCAUCUAUUGAACUGUUUAGGCAGUAGAUGGAUCUAUCUUUAUUGAAUUUUCUGUGUAAUAUGAUAUUUUUCUGAAGUAUUUGGCAAACAGAUUUGAAAGUGACCUUAAUCUCAGUUUUCACAGACUUGUUUACAUGGUUAAACUAGUGUGAAUGUAGAAUGAACAUUAAAAAAAACUAUUUAUAGAAAAGGUACCUUGAAUAUAACCUACAACUAGUUUAAAUUUCAGUGGGUUAAUCACAUUUGUACAGCAUGCCAGUAUUCUGUAAUGUUUUUGUUUAAAAAGCUUUUUUAUUACAUUUUUCUAUUUGGUGUUUAAAAAAAAAAAAUCUGUGGACUUCCAUUUCUCAGGUAAGUUUUUGAGUUUCACAUGCAACAAUCUGUUUUAAGUGUUGGCAGAUAUUUUUGCAGCUGUGGCCUUUCAAGUGUGGCCAGGUAUUUUGUGGCUUUAAUGGCCUUAUGUCAGGAUGACUAUUACAAGGAAGGAAGGCAUUAGGAAUCUGCAAGGAAUUAGGCAGCUAAAAGUGAGAUUUUUACAAAUCACCACAUCAAAUGAUAAAGCACCUUUCCUAAGACAAAGAAAGUAUCAGUGAAGGGUGGUGGUACAAAGUGUUAAACUUUAGUGAAGGGAUUGAGGCACCUAAGUCUAAGGGACAUUUGGUUUAUCUGAGCCUCUGCAUCAUAAAAUAGGUGACUACAGGUUAGUGCUCACAAAAACAGGUGUGUGGUGAUGUGUUUGGGCAGCAGCAUGGCAUCCACUUCUCAUCUGCAGUGCACUGCCAAUACAUUCAUCUGGCUUACCCUGCCCUGGGUGUGAAGUUCAUGUCUUAGAAGGACUCCAUAACCAUUUACCUGUAAGAUUUUCUGUGGCACUUUUGUUCAAAAUUCCGAUUUUUCUGAAAUGACACUUCUGAAAGCUUAGAAUUCUUAUACAGAUCUUAGUGUUUCAGGAAAGAGUUUUAGGAGAAAACGUCAGUCUUAAAUCUGGAAAGUCCCACAGUGUUCUAUGGAGGAGUCUACCAUGAAGGUUUUGGCAUCAUUCUUUAGAAAGAAAUACCAAAAAGGCAAAAACGCACCAGUUAGAUGAUGUCAAUUUGUCUUAUCUACCUGUGACCCUGGGAAUAGAUUUUAAAUAGAAAUCUACUUCUCCCUGAGAACCUGCUCAGGUUCCCAUGAAGUCACCAUAGUUACUGUAAGUGAUUUCAACAAAGCAGUGUCAGCUUUUUAUUCAAGCUCUUAGGCACCUUUAUUAGGGCUCAUGCCUCAUAGCAGUAACUUUCAUUGUGGGGAUGCUAAUUAUUUAUAUGACUGACAAAGACUUGCAUCUCAGUCCUCUGCUGAAAGUUUAAGUCUCUCCAUUGCUUGUAAUCACAAAAGAUUUUAUUAAUUUCUUGGUGAGCACUUUGUUCCUUCCUUGAUGAAAUACCAUAGUUAGCAUUUUUCCCAAACAAAUAUUUAUAUUUAAAUAUUCUGUCCCAACAGAGGCAACAUGUUCAGACCCAAGAUAAAGAGUGUCUUAGUUCUCAAGGCAUGUUUUCACAUAAGCACAAUGUACUUCCACAGCUGGGCAGACACCAGCAAUGCCAUACUGUACUUUUUAAAACACUUAAUAAUUUUUAGCCAGUUGGACAUUUGCUCAGGAUAGUACCUGAAGUGCAGUUAGUGCUAAAAAUGGUGGGGUUAGUUUUAGGCAGAUCUUUAGUUUUGCUAUGUACUCUUGUGAUCUCUGACAUACGCUUGUAGGCAGAACUAUAUUUGGGAAGGAAAUGAGAGAGGGAGAACAAGGAUCUUGGGGCAAGUUUAGAAGAGCAAGUGCUUUCCAUAUUAUAAUAAGCUUUGGGAAAUCAUGAAAUUUGGAAAUAUUUACUGAAUUUUUCAAUGUAGAUUGCUAAUUAAAGAAUCCUCAUAAGGCAGAUACUUUAAUUUACCAAGUCACCUGUGUUUGUAGAUACAUACUGCUGGUUUUUACCUGCACAGAAGAUUAAGAUCCUUCUGUGAAGAGCCUGCUCAUAGAGCUGAUAUUGCAAAAAACUCUUCAUAGAACUAGCAAUUUUUUUUCAUUUUCAGCUCUGUUCUCAGAGUUCCCACAUAGGAAUGGUCUGUGCUAAGGCUUGAUCCGAGUUAAUGAAAAUGAAUUCCACAGACCUCAGGGGAAGUAGGAUCAGACUCUUAAUGUACUGACAUCACUAUUUCAGGAAUAUAACACGACCCAGUGCUGCUUGGGGAGGAUAAGGCUCUGCUUGACACCAUGGGAAGAGCAGCUUAAUGCCCUGCCUGCAGCUGCAGCUUUGAAGGUUGGGAAGCACACUAGGGAGGUUCACAGAUGCUGCAAGGACCAAGUUUUCAUUUGUUCCCUCCAGAACCUGUGUUAGUGGGAAGAUACUCACCCAAUACUGUCUGAUGUACUGAUGUCUGAUGUGAUUGCCUCAUGUCUCCAUGGGAACCCAGUUGCCCAUAAAAUGAAAAUGUAGGUGUCAAAAAAAUCCUUAUAUCAGCAGAGAAAAAAGAUGUGCAGAUUUCUGGAGAGAAAUAUUGGAAUUUGUAUUUUUGAACUUCUUUUUUUCCAAAGCUUGUGUUGAUGUUUCUGCCUUUCCAAAGAGAUGCAGUUAAUUCAAUGUGUCCUAAAUGUGCAUUGCAUGUUACAGGUUUUACAACCCGCACACACCCAAUGCACUCCCAGUUUUGUAAGGCUGUGAAGUAAUAGCUGUUGCCAUGCAUGAUGGUCAUUUGGCCACAUGGCUUGGGAGUUGUGAAAUCCAUAAGAAAUGUCACGUCAUUCCCGCAUUCAGUAAAACUCCAUUAGCAAAGUCACACAUCUCUAUGAAAGCUGGGCAGAGUUAGGCUGUGCUGAGGGUGUUGAGCUCCCUCAGGAGCACUGUUGGGAGCAGAGGGCAGUGCAGCUGGGAGAUGCAGGCUCUUCAUCCAGUGCUCAUUCAAUUUGUGUCAUAAAUAAACUACCCCUACAUACAGUCAUGAUUUAAAUUGCUUCCUUUCUUCAGCCUUAUAAUAAAUAGCUUUUGCUGCCUCUCGGACUGCAAAAUUGUUGGUGGUUCUCUUAUUAAUGACCUUGCACUGCCCUCUUUAUUCAUGCUAACAAACACGAACUAGAUGUGAAGAAAGAUUAUAAAUCAAGAAAAAGUGAGUUGCCAGCUGUCUAAUAAAUGAGGAUAGUAGUAUUUGUGACAAACCUUGAGAAAAGCAAAAAGCUUAUCAGGCGCUAGAUGUUUGUGCAUAGGUGAAAAAUUACUAUUUAAAGACAACAACUGUUUGAUCCUUUCUCAGCUUUCUGAAAUGUAUUAAAACAUGUUGUGGUUUAUAAGACAUCAUAAAAAAUACCUAAAUUUGUUCCAGGACAAUGUAAAAAUAAAAUUUUAAUUGACUCUACUAAGCUGUAUGAUAAAUACACAUUUUUUUUCAUUUGUAGCAUUAGGUGGGGCAAGCUGUACAAUCAACAAGUAGCUUUGCAACUGUAUAAGGCAGAGAGAUCAGUAGGGUUACCACGGUACUUAGUGUAAUUUGUUCCCCAUAUCAAUGUUGUAUUGCACAGUACAGUACUUAGGGUUUUUUUGUUUGUGUUCAUAUAAGUCAGGAAAGUUAGAGCAACAUAAAGCUGCAGUAGUUCAUGGGUAAUUGAAGCAUGUUCCUCCAAUUUUGCCUUCACUUGCACAAGUACAUAUUCCAUUAGCACCCCAUUGACAAGAGAGGAGACUGCAUUGCUUGAAAGACUGUCUUGCCAUUUCAUUUCUUAUUUCAGAGAGGUGCUUACAGAUAGAUGUCUGGGUACCUUUACAUGGGGUCUGAAAUCUUUCAUAAUUUUUAGCUCUAAGAGUUAUAGUUAGAUCUACAAUUGUCACAUUUCACAUGAUGCUAAACAUGUUGCAUGUUCUGAGAAUGCUUUUCUGUACUUGUAACCAGGACAGAAAAAAACCACAAAACAUUUUCUCUUGGAGAGCUCAGAACAGGGCUCCUUUCCUGUUAAGCAAAGCUAGUAGUUCUGAGUUUGCUUUUGUGAUGUUGAUCAAUUAAGCUAUAAAACUUGUGCUGCAGACCCUUUGCCAGCUCUGUUGCCCUUCUCUGGACACACUCCAGCACCUCAAUGUCCUUCUUGUAGUGUGGGACCCAGAACUGAACACAGUGUUCAAAGUGUAGUGGGCGACCCAGAACUGAACACAGUGUUCAAAGUGUGGCCGUACCAGUGCCAAGCACAGGGGAACAGUCGCUGUCCUGGUCUUGCUGGCCAUGCUAUUGCUGAUCCAGCCUGUCCAGAUCCCUCUGCAGAGCCUUCCUACCCUCCAGCAGAUCAACACUCCCAGUUAACUUGCUGUCAUCUGCAAACUGACUGAGGGUCUAUGUGAUCUCCUCACACAGAUCAUCAGAAAAGGUACUAAGCAAGACUGGCCCCAACACCAAGCCCUUGGGAACACCAUUGUGCUGGAUGCCAAUGGGAAUGGAUUCCAUCCACCAACAGGCCAUACAGCUAGUUUUGUAGCCAAUGAACCGUGCACCCAUUCAAGCCAUGAGCAUCCAGUUUCUCCAGGAGAAUGCUCUGGGAAAUGGUGUCCCUGGCACCCAGAUCAGAGUGGACAGGCCUGUCGUUUCCUGCAUCCUCUUCUGGUCCUUGUAGAUUGACAUCACAUUUGCCAGCUUUCAGUAACCUGGGAUCUUCCCAGCUAAGCAGCACUGCUGCUAAAUGAAAGGGGCUCAGUGAGCACUCCUGCCAGCUCCCCCAGUACCCUUGGGUAAGUGCAAUCCAGCCCCAGAGAUGUGUGUGUUUAAGUGGUGUGUCAGUAUCAGGUAUCUCACCAUUUUCCUUUGGAUUUUGGGGGUUUCAUUCUCUUACUCAUUCCUGUCUUCCAGCUCAGGGGGCUGGUACCCAGAGAACAACUGGUCCUACUAGUGAAGACUGAGGCAAAGAAGGCAUUAAGUACCUCAGUGUUUGCUUCAUCUUUUGUGACGAUGCUCCCCCCCGCCCCCACCCCAUGCAUCCAAGAGAGGAUAGAGAUUCUCCUCAACAUUCCUGUUGCUGAUGUGUUUAUAGAAGGCUUUUUAUUGUCUUUUCUGGCAGUAGCUGGGUUAAGUUCCAGAUGGGCUUUGGCCCCUCUAAUUUUCUCCUUGUAAAUCCUCACAAUAUCCUUGUAGUUGUCCUGAGUUGCCUGUCCCUUCUUCCAAAAGACAUAAAUAAUUUUUUUUCAUAUAUGUCUUUGUGGAUUUUUACAAAAUAUCUCUGUGUAUUUCUGGAAGAAAAUCUGGUUUGCUAAGAAUUACUUGGCAUCCCUUCAGAAGAAGCUUCUGAAGCUUCUGAUGGCUAUGCAUCUUUCUUUCACCAUAUGUGGUAAAAUAUCUAAAAAUUCAAUGGUUAAGUGCAAAAGAUAGUUGGAGGAAAAACCAUCAUUUCUGAUGCGUGGGCCAAGAUACGUGCUUAUUUUGAAAGUGUUGCUUCCAUAUAUAAAUACAGCUGGGAGAAAAAUUGCUUUUCUCUCCAGAACACAUGGAAUUUAUGCCAGUUGAAGUAGAAAUAUUUGAAAGACUGAGCACCACUGACAAUAUUUUAUUGUGUUUGAGGAAUGAAUGCAACUAAUCAAUUAGCAUUCAGACACUGGACUCCUACAUGUCUAUUGUAUGUCUUUUCUUGCCUCAUUUAGCAAUCAACAUACUCAAAAUUCAGACUGAUCGUCUACAGCUUCCCAAGCUCUGGAAUAUCACUCUGAAGAACUGUUCCAAUGAGGCAUUAAAAACAUGCUUAGAUUUUUAAACUAGGCCAUUCCAGGAUAAAGCAUACCUGGAAUGGCCUAGUUUACAUGUAUAACAUGUAAACAAGUAUAAACAUGUAUAACAAACGCAUACAUGUUUUGUUAGGUUUUGGUAUUAAAGCUCUCGGUGCAAUCCCAGCUGAUGUAUUGUGGGUAAUUGUUGACUACAUACUUUCUUUGUUUUGUUUGAGUCGUGUCUGAUUUUGACCCAUGGCAACACCACAUUUAGACUUCAUGAUAUGUUUCUUUCAAAUGUCACAUGUGCUGAUGUGAAAAUAUUCCAAUUUCAGAGUUUAGAUCAAUCUUCUUUAAAGAAGAGUAUGUGGAUCUGUGAUGAUCCAUAAGAUUUCAGAAGAGGAUAUGGAUGUGAAUUUGAAUUACUAAAAAAAAAACAAAGAGACAAAAAUAAAGAGAAUUUGCAGGUAUCUUCACACACAGCAAAGGAAACAAAAUCAGAAGAUGAAAUCACGAGUGAAUAUUCAUAAUGUUUUACCAGUUGAACAUUUUACCACUUGAAAAUGAAAGCUAGUGCCCCAACAUGGCAGGAAACAUAAUAAUCAGUUGCUCUUUGAUUGAAAAAAGCUGAGACACUAAUCUAGAUGGUGAAAAAGAAGCAUGAGGGAUGCUACAAAUACACAAGACCCAGAAUGGAUUUUCCUGCAUAAUUCUGGGGGGUGGCAAGCAUGAGAAAGGGAUUCCAUCAAGUUGGUUUCAAUUCUGACAGAUGUAAAGGACUGUGCUGGUUUCAUUUAAGACUACUUGAUACGUAAAUCCUUUUUCCCUAAGAUGGAACUCCUGGAUUACAUAGCAGCUAUGUUAUGAGUAUACUCUGUAUGUACAAAUACAAACCAAAAAUUGCCUUGAAAUAAUUUAUUACCUUUAUUUUUUACCAAAUAAAAUGUUUCUUUUCAAGCUCA